AUGGCAUCCUCCUCCGCCAACCCUACGGAUACGAUAAUGGCCUCGGACACCCACAACGACAAGCCCACCAACGCGGAAGGGACAGCAGGGGGUGCGAUUACUGGGGCGAACUCGAGUACCCCAAAGCAAAAAAGACUGGCAUGCGAGAUAUGCCGAAGGAGGAAACUCAAGUGCGAUGGCACAAAGCCAAGUUGCAGCACUUGCUCGCGUCUCGGCCAUGUAUGCGCUUACGAUGAGAGGAGAAAGAAGAGUGGGCCGAAGAAGGGUCAUCUCAAGGCCUUAGCGGAACGAUUAAAGCAAGUUGAGACUUUGCUGAAGACGCAGGAAGCGCCGAGACUGGGUGCAGACGGCACCCCAAUAGCACCGAAUAUCGUCGAUAAUGGUGGACCCAGCCAACCAAGUCAACAUGCUGCUGCCGCGGCCGCCAACUUCAACGUUCCGGACCCUUCGCGUGGAAUGGCAACUGGGGGGAGUGUGGAUCAGUGGCAGUUCCACGGCGAUCCGAGCAGCGCAGGAUUGGAUGACUUCAACUUGGGCAACAACUUGGGACUAGGCAUGAACAGUGUGGGCGGCGACUUUACCUGGGAAAUGAUAGGCCUGGGACUCGAUGAGCCCCUACCACCCCAGGAGACCAUCGACGAGCUACACCAAGUAUACUUCGACAAAAUACACCCUUCCUUUCCAAUGAUACAUCGCGCCCGCUACUUCCAUGCGAUGAAUCUAGCCCCAAAUCAACGGCCACCAGUGUGUCUACGCUAUGCUAUGUGGACACUAGCGUGCUCGGUUACAGACCGGUUCUUCGACCUAAAAGAGUUGUUCUACCAGAGGGCCAGGAAGUAUUUAGAGUUGGAUACCAUUAAAGGCCACGGAGAACACAUGAUAACGGUGUCACAUUGCCAAACUUAUGUGCUACUGGCAUCCUACGAAUUCAAAUCGAUGUAUUUUCCCCGAGCAUGGAUGAGUACAGGCUCGGCCGUGCGCUUAUGCCAGAUGAUGGGCCUCCAUCGAGUGGAUGGUGGUGACUUGGAGGUAAAACAAUGUCUAUCUCCCCCGCGAGACUGGACAGAAAAGGAAGAGCGUCGACGGACCUUUUGGAUGGCCUUCUGCCAGGACCGCUACGCCAGUAUUGGGACGGGUUGGCCGAUGAUUAUUGACGAAAAAGACAUUCUCUCCGACCUUCCUGCCUCGGACGAGGCCUACGACUUGAGUCACCCUGAGGAGACUCAGAGCCUGAAUGAUGUGACACUCCAUACAGGUCCUGGCAAGUUAUCGUCCUUUGGCGGUGUCAUCCUUCUGGCAUACCUCUUUGGCAAGAACCUCAUCCACCUCCACCGGCCGAACGAGGACGACCGAGACCACGACCUGAAUGGGGAAUUUUGGAAGAGACAUCGACACAUGGACAACAUCCUCCUCAAUGUUUCGCUCUGCAUGCCAUCUGCCCUCAAACUGCCACAGGGUCUGGGCAAUCCGAACGUCGUCUUCACAAACAUGUGCAUCCACACGUCGACGAUCUGUCUGCAUCAGGCAGCUAUAUUCAAAGCAGACACAAACAACUUACCUGCCUCCGUUGGUACUGAGUGUAAGAUGCGAUGUAUCACCGCGGCUCACGAGAUUGCAAGCAUCAUGAGGAUGGCCUCUCAUCUUGAUUUGGAUAGGAUGAAUCCGUUUAUCUCCUUCUGUCUAUACGUUGCAGCAAGAGUGUUUGUCCAGUUCCUCAAAAGCCGACCGGACGAUGGCCAGGUAGCCGACUCUCUUCGGUUCUUGCUAUCAGCCAUGAACGCAUUGAAACGGCGGAAUCCUCUCACCGAAUCCUUUGUAGUACAGCUUGAUGUAGACCUCGAAGCACUUGGUGCCAAGGUCCCCAAGCUCAAAAAUGCCUUUCAAAGGAGUUCCGAUGGCCAUACAUCACGAGCCCACAUGAAUCCUGGCACCGGACUCGGGACAUCGACAAUACACGAGAACAUCCCCCGCCAGGAAUGUCUAUUCCUCCGAACCCUCGAAGACGACGGCAACCCCGCCAACGCUCCCAACCUAGUCGAGCCCGUUGAUCUCAACGACCCUCUCGUUCAGCUCCCCGGUUCAAGCAGGAACACAGCACCCGACUGGUCAUCAGCCGAGCAGCGAAAUCCCAUUCCACCCGCCGGCUGCCAACACGGCAGCGGCUCCAGGACCGAUGGUCUACCCUUUGCCACAUCUCUUCACGGCAUGAUGCCCAACAAUAUCUCGCUACCUCCCAAUUAUCCUACUCACCCUCCGCUCGACACGGACACCGGUGGGAGCAGCAACGGCGUCCCUCUGUCCACUCCAUCACCAAACUCCAACCAGCCCACGCCCAAUUCCAGUACGUCGUCUUCGGACCAUCAUCAGCAUAUGUACCACCAAAUGCAUUCGAAUCACCAUCAACAUCCACACCACCACCAUCCUCAUCAUCACCAGCAAGGGCACGGACACGGACAAGCACAAGCACAAGGACAAGGACUAGCCCCCACCAACAACGGUCGACACAUGAGCAGCGGAUCAGGCGGCUCUUCCUCUUCCAUCACCACCAGUCCCGUGACUCUCGGUUCUUCUUCCCAUCCUAGCAAUAACAACAACAUUACUACCACAACUACCGCUACCACUACCGCAGCCUCCGCAGCAACCAGCACAGCGAUGGAAACACCAACCAACCCCGCCGCAGCAGCCAUCGGUUUCUUCCUCGACCCAAGUAUCUUCGGAAUGCCUGGUGGCGUUGGUAUUGCGCCGGGGAAUACGACGACGAACCCGGGGUUGGCGAGGACGGGGGGGAGUGAUCAUCAGCAUCAACCACAUAACCACCAGCACACUUGUGGCAGUGAUCCCAACAAUGUUUGUAACCAUGGCAUGGGUCCCGGUGUUGGCGUUGGCUGCGCUGGAGUGGGAAUGGGCAUGAACAUUGGUGGUAAUGGUGAUGGUAUGACGCCGGAUAGUGUGCUGCGGUCGAUCAUGGCCAUGGGAAACAUGGAGGGAAUGGAGGGCAUGGAGGGGUGUGGAAUGGAUUUGGGGUGGGGGGAUGGCGGUACCGGUCACGGACAUGGUCAUUGUGGUGGGAGUCUUUAA